UUAAAAUGUUAUAAAUAGGCUUCCAGCCUUUACUCAUCACCAUUUUACAUAGUGUAAUAUACUUAGGCGCUCAUGGCAUGCAACAUGUCACUGUCACGCAUAAAUGUGAGGGGAAUAAUAAACAUCAGUUGGAAUUUCAGCCAUGAACCUUACUACAAUUACCUUGCUAUUCUUGAUGCCUGCACAGAAACUAAGCAAUUAGCUAUAGGCAAAUCAAUCCACCAACACAUCAUCAAGCAUAAUCAUUGUAAUGAUAAUCGUUCGAAUUUACUAGACAAGUUAACGCGUUUUUAUGUUUCGUGCAGCAGAGUUGAUCUUGCACGCCAGGUGUUCGAUUUAAUUCCUAACUCAGAUAGAAAUAACAAAGUUAUAUUAUGGAACCAAAUGAUUAGAGCUUAUGCUUGGAAUGGACCCUUUGAGAAGGCUAUUGAUUUGUAUUACAAAAUGGUGGAGUAUGGUGUUGGACCGACGAAUUAUACAUACCCUUUUGUGAUUAAGGCUUGUUCUGCUUUGCAAGACGUAGAAAAUGGCGUCGAGAUUCAUGAACAUGUGAGAAGGCAGGGGCUUGUUGGUGAUGUUUAUGUUUGUACAGCUUUGGUUGAUUUUUAUGCAAAGUGUGGGUUGUUGGUUGAGGCACGACGAGUAUUUGAUGGAAUGUCGCAAAGAGAUAUUGUGGCGUGGAAUGCAAUGAUUUCGGGGUGCUCAGUGAAUGGUUUGUAUUUGGAGAUGAGGGGUUUGGUUUUGGAGAUGCAAGAAAAUGGGUUAACUCCGAAUUCAUCUACAGUUGUAGCGAUUCUUCCUGGUAUUGCGGAAGCUAAUAAGUUGCAUGAAGGGAAGGCUGUUCAUGGGUAUUCUAUGAGAAGGGGCUUUGUUAAUGAUGUAGUUGUUGACACUGGCAUUUUGGAUGUGUAUGCAAAAUGUGGUUGGUUGAACUACGCGAAGAGGAUUUUUAGAGUCAUGAGUUUUCAGAAUGAGAUCACGCGGAGUGCAAUGAUAGGAGCAUAUGUAACAUGUGAUUCUACUCAAGAAGGAUUGGAACUGUUUGAGCAAAUGAGGAUGGAAGAUACUAGAUCUCCUUCUCCUGUCAUGCUUGCCACUGUAAUUCGAGCUUGUGCUAAGCUGAAUGAUAUGAGAAGAGGAAGAAAGAUGCAUGGUCAUACUGUUAAGUCAGGGUCCAAUUUGGAUUUGAUGGUGAGUAAUACUCUUCUAUCUAUGUAUGCAAAGUGCGGGAGAAUAGAUGAUGCGCGUACCUUCUUUGAGGAGAUGGAUUUAAAAGAUUCUGUUUCUUUCAGUGCUAUAAUUGCAGGGUGCGUCCAGAAUGGCCACGCAGAAGAAGCUUUGCAGAUUUUACGAGUGAUGCAAUCCUCUGGGGUUGAGCCAGAAUCUGCAACAGUGAUGGGAAUUUUACCAGUUUGUUCACAUUUGGCUGCUCUACAACUUGGAGUUUGCACCCAUGGUUACUCGAUAGUGCGUGGAUUUACAGAGGAUGUUUCUGUUUGUAAUGCUCUAAUUGACAUGUACUCCAAAUGUGGUAAAAUCGGCAUUGCAAGGAUUGUCUUUGAUAAGAUGAAUAAGAGGGAUAUUGUCUCAUGGAAUGCAAUGAUUGCGGGAUAUGGAGUUCAUGGUCGUGGAAGGGAAGCAAUUUCACUGUUCUAUGACAUGCAGACUGUAGGUCAAAUGCCAGAUGAGAUAACUUUCAUUGGUCUCUUAUUUGCUUGCAGCCAUUCAGGUCUUGUUGCUGAAGGGAAAUGUUGGUUCUUCAGCAUGUGUCAAGAAUUCAAAAUUAGUCCUAACAUGGAUCAUUACUUGUGCAUGGUGGAUCUUUUGGGGCGUGCUGGUCUUCUGGACGAGGCCUAUGGUUUCAUCCAGAAUAUGACGUUUAAACCUGAUGUGCGUAUCUGGAGUGCCUUGCUUGCCGCAUGUAGAAUCCAUAAGCAUAUUGUUCUAGCAGAAGAAGUAUCCAAUAAGAUCCAAUAUCUAGGACCUGAAAGUCCAGGCGGUUUCGUUCUUUUAUCUAAUUUGUAUACUACUGCUGGGAGAUGGGAUGACGCUGCUCAUGUUAGAGUUAAGCAGAAGGAUUCUGGCUUUAAGAAGAGCCCAGGAUGUAGUUGGAUUGAAAUAAACGGUGUGGUCCAUGCAUUUGUUGGUGGGGAUCAGUCCCAUCCUCAGUAUGCUAAAAUAGAUGAGAAACUGAAGGAACUUUUGAGGGAGAUGAAAAAUUUGGGGUAUAGUGCAGAAUCCAGUUUUGUUUACCAAGAUGUUGAGGAAGAAGAGAAGGAACAGGUUCUGCUUUAUCACAGUGAGAAACUUGCAGUUGCAUUCGCGUUGCUAAAUCUGGAUCCUAGCAAGUCCAUACUCGUUACUAAGAACUUACGAGUUUGUGUUGACUGCCAUAGUACGCUGAAAUAUAUAACUCUAAUUACGAAAAGAGAAAUUACAGUGAGGGAUGCUUGUCGAUUUCAUCAUUUCAGAGAUGGAAUGUGCAGCUGCGGAGAUUUCUGGUGAAGAAGGAUGGGAACUGUUUUUGUUGCUUGACGUAUCCCUACUAAUGCUGCAUUGCCUAUCUAAACUAGGUAGUUGAAGCGUAUUCAAAGAUGAUAUCUUGGCUGCAUGUUCUGUUAGACUAUUUUGAGGGUCCUCGAAUUCACAAGUACAUUAGUUGGCAGAUUUUGACAGCAUGCCAUAACUAAGAUGCAUCUGCAGAUAAACUUUACGUAGCAGUAAGAUGAUGCAUCGUCAGGAAGAUUUGACGGAUGGAGCAUGUACUGCUUUGUGCAGAGAACUCAACAUCACAGAGUUUUCUUGUAAAGAACCUCGUCUUAAUAUUGGAAAUCUGGUAUUUAUAUUUGAUCAGUAACAUCCUGGAGCUUCUUUGAACCUACACCAUGGUUGCCACAUGCAUCAGUGAUCAAAGUUUUCGAUAUUAUGAACAAUCAAUUCUGGUGAAACUUUGGCAAAUGACGGAUUUCUUCCAUUAUACUGCAUGCACUUCAAGAUAUGAUUUUGAGUGAGUCGUUCUAUCCUUCUCAUAUGCUUCCUUCCUCAUACUGAAACAUAUGAGAAGGAUCGCGGAGAUGCACGGAUGCCCCUCUGUGGAGGUGUGGAGGUUGGCUAUGGAAGGUUUUAGCAAAGGUAGAGGUAGGCCAAAGAAGUGUUGGAGAGAUGUGAUUAUACAAGACAUGACGCAACUUCAACUUACCGAGGACAUGACCUCAGAUAGGAGAUUAUGGAAGACAUGACUAGGAUAGAAGAUUAGUAGAUAGUUGAGUGUAAUUUCGCUUGUCCUUCCAUACUAGUAGCCGUAGUAUUAUUCUUGUAGGUUCUCAUUCCCCCAAUUUUUGUUACUAUCUAUUGUCCCUUGUAAUUUGUUCAUCGUAUUAUUUUGUUCUACUUACUGUUCCU